UCACACACACACAAAGUAACAUCGGUGGGAUAAGCACAUACUUGCAAGGUUCACUGAACAUCCUUUUAUUACAAUUAAAAAUGGAAAUAGGUGAUUCAAAAUAUCAUUCAACCCAAACAUUUAUUCGACUUUGUUGGUGAAAUGGGAGUAGACAAGACGUCAUGAUUUCCUGUCAAGUUUUAAUUAAAAUUGGUUUCAACAGGAAGCUUUUCUCAUUUCAGAGACUUACCCAAGGUCAGUGUUCACUGAGGCUCUACUUUGACUGUAAAUGGAAACAUUUAAAAUCAUCCUUUUGACAGUGGCAGUCUGUAGCAGUAAUAUGGCAGUAACAUCUCAAGAGAGCACUGAAGACCUUCCGAUUCCAAUUCCCAAGCCCAAUAUAACUCGCAGUCCAACUCAUAAGGUGCUGUACAGAACAGAGGAGGUCACUCUGCACUGUGAGGUUCCUGGAGGAGCAUCUGAGUUCCAAUACGACUGGUACAAGGACUCCGCUAAUUUCAAAUCUGACAAUCAUUCCAGCAUCACUGUGACAGAUGGUGGAAAUUAUGAAUGCAAGGCAAAAAACAGAACUUCUGAGUCUGAAAAAAGUGAUGGGUACUCUUUACCUCUGCAAGAUCUGCCUGAAGCAAGAAUCCAGUCAGAAUGGACAGAAGCAUUUCCUGGUGAAAAAGUGUCUUUGCAGUGUGUGAUUCCUGUAUCUGAAAACUGGAUCUAUAAGUGGUUCAAGGACUCAGAAAAUGUUGUCUCCAGUGAUAAAAGAAUAAUAAAAGACAACACUCUCACUCUCUCAGUGAAGUCUGGUCAUAAAGAGGAUUAUGCUUGUCAAGCUGAGCUGAAGGGCAGGACGGUGACAACCGCAAAAAGCAAAAUACAUUCAUUAAAGGUUUAUGGAUCAAAGCCAGCAGUCCUUCUGAAGCAAGAUCCACCAUACCCAGAGAUCUACACUGGGGAACAAGUCAAACUCAUUUGUAGCAUUAAGGAGGAGACUUCAAAAUGGCAAUAUCAGUGGCAAAAAAAUUCAGUGCUAGUAAACAAUAACACUUACACUAUCCUAAAUGCUACACUCGAUCAAAACGGGGAAUACAAUUGCAUCAUAAAAAGGAGAGAGAUGACACACACAGAGUCCACAAAAUUGAAUAUAAGUGAGCCGCCUAAACCAAAACUGUCAAUAGAGUCUGAAUGGAAAACAUUUUACCCAACUGAAAAAGUGACUCUGAAGUGUUCAAUCGAUGGUGGUCCAAAAGAAUGGGGCUAUGAAUGGUUUAGAAACAGAGCUCAGCUUUCAGUUGACAAGAACAUUUCCUUUUCUGGAGACACACUCUCAAUCAGCUUAGUAAAAGUGAGUCAUUCAGGAAAUUAUACCUGCAGAGGAAAACACCUGAAGAGAACGCCAGUGACUACAAGACAAGCAGAAGCUUUGCAACUUCAUAUUUAUGAUGACACACCAAAACCACAUAUCAGAAAAGAUCAGUGGUUUGAGUUCUUCUACACUGAGGAGGAAGUCCAGCUUGGUUGUAACAUGCCUGGUGAUGGAUGGGAAUUCCACUGGUAUAAAAACUCAAAACCCUUGAUAGCAAAACCCAAUCACACCAUCAAAUCAGCAUCUCUCUCUGACACUGGUGUCUAUCACUGCAAAGCAAAGAGAGGAGACUUCUCAGUUUAUAGUGAGACUCUACAAGUGCGAGUUGAAGCGCGUCCACCUGCAGUUCUGAGUCUGGAGACUGAAUUGAGCGACAUUAUGUCUGGAAAUAUCCUGACCCUCAGGUGUAACAUCUCAGACGGCAGACAGUGGAGCUACGCCUGGUUCGAGAAUGGACAGAAUCUCAAUGGAUCAUCACAUAUGUUCAAAGUGACAGCAACUGAAGAAACUAUUAAAAGUGAAUUCAAGUGCAAGGGAAUAAGGACAGAGAGACCACUGUACUCUGCUCUGAGUGAGGGCUUCACGGCCAAUAAUAUUAUAUUAAAAAGAAAAAUUCUGCUGGCCAUCUCAGGAUGUCUCGUCUGCUGUAUUAUAAUCCUGAUCAUUGGAUGCCUCGUUCUAAGAUUCACCCGUAAACCAGAGAAAAAAGAAACAGUACAAGAGGACUUGUUUUUCUCAAUGGCAGAUUCCAAGAACCAAACUGCUUCACCCCUGGAGGAGUACAUGGACAACAGUCCCAUAGAGAUGGAAGAAUGUGAGGAAAAAGAAGAACUGGUCACUGACCAUGUUUCAGCUCUUCAUGAAGAUGGUGUAAUUAAAGAUGAAGACUCACCAGCUGCAGAAGCUAAUGGCCUGACAUCAUUUAAAGAAAACAAAGGUCUUACGGGUCUGGGACAACAUGAGGUGCAUUUAACCACACCCACACUGCUUAAAACAGAAACCAGAACAAUACAGAACUUCCGAACUGAGACUCACGCAAGAUCUGUGUUCACUGAGGCUCUACUUUCACUGCAGCUGCAAAUGGAAACAUUUAAAAUCAUCCUUUUGACAGUGGCAGUCUGUGUGCAAGUAACAUCUCAAGAGAGCACUGGAGACUCUCCGAUUCAGAUUCCCAAGCCCAAUAUAACUCCCAGUCCAACUCAUAAGGUGCUGUACAGAACAGAGGAGGUCACUCUGCACUGUGAGGUCCCUGGAGGAGCAUCUGAGUUCCAAUACGACUGGUACAAUGACUCCACUAAUCUCGAAACUGACCAUCAGUCCAACAUCACUGUGAAAGAAGGUGGAAAAUAUGAAUGCAAAGCAAAAAAUGGAACUUCUGAGUCUGAAAAAAGUGAUGGGUACACUUUAACUCUACAAGAUCUGCCUCAAGCAGACGUCAAGUCAGAAUGGACAGAAGCGUUUCCUGGUGAAAAAGUGUCUUUGCAGUGUGUGAUUCCUGUAUCUGAAAACUGGAUCUAUAAGUGGUUCAAGGACUCAGAAAAUGUUGUCUCCAGUGAUGAAAGAAGCAUAAAAGACAACAACCUCACUCUCUCAGUGAAGUCUGGCCAUGAAGGGAAAUAUGCGUGUCAAGCUGAGCUGAAGGGCAGGACGGUGACAACCGCAAAAGGCAAAACACUUUCGUUAACAGUUCAUGGAUCAACGCCAACAGUCGUUCUGAAGCAAGAUCCAUCAUACCCAGAGAUCUACACUGGGGAACAAGUCAAACUCAUUUGUAGCAUUAAGGAGGAGACAUCAAAAUGGCAAUAUCAGUGGCAAAAACAUUCAGUGCUAGUAAACAAUAACACUUACACUAUCCUAAAUGCUACACUCGAUCAAAACGGGGAAUACAAUUGUACCAUAACAAGGAGAGAGAUGACAUACACAGAGACCACAAAAUUGAAUAUAAGAGAUCUGCCUCAAGCAGACGUCAAGUCAGAAUGGACAGAAGCGUUUCCUGGUGAAAAAGUGUCUUUGCAGUGUGUGAUUCCUGUAUCUGAAAACUGGAUCUAUAAGUGGUUCAAGGACUCAGAAAAUGUUGUCUCCAGUGAUGAAAGAAGCAUAAAAGACAACACUCUCACUCUCUCAGUGAAGUCUGGCCAUGAAGGGAAAUAUGCGUGUCAAGCUGAGCUGAAGGGCAGGACGGUGACAACCGCAAAAGGCAAAACACGUUCGUUAACAGUUCAUGGUAAGUUUUGGAAAAAAAAAAAAAAAAAAAAAAAAAAAACCCACAAAAAAAAAAAAAAAGAUUAA